AUGACCACAAUUCGAUGUCUUUUAAGCAUAGCAGUUAAGAGGAAUUGGAUUUUACACCAACUCGACGUCAAUAAUGCCUUUCUACAUGGCGAUCUGGACGAAGAGGUUUACAUGAAAUUUUCUCCUGGUCUGGCAGCUCCCCUUUCACACGUGUGUCGACUUCGGAAAUCACUAUAUGGACUUAAACAGGCAUCACGCCAAUGGUAUGCUAAGUUAUAUUCUGCUUUAGGGACUAGAGGAUACACUUCAUCUUUGAAUGAUUACUCUUUCUUUUUUAAGACUUCUGGGAAUCUCAUCACUAUUUUGGCCAUCUAUGUCGACGACAUCUUAAUAACUGGGAACAAUCAAGAAGAUAUUGAUGAAACCAAAUAUUUUCUUGAUACCGAAUUUAGAAUAAAAGACUUGGGAGAAGCUCACUACUUCUUGGGUUUGGAGCUUCUUCGAGAAUCUGGAGGAUUAAUCAUCACUCAACGAAAAUUUGCUCUAGAACUUUUCGCUGAGUUCGAUUGUUUAGAAGAACGACCAGCCUCAAGCACGUUGGAUCCAACUAUCAAAAUUUCAGCUAAUUGCGGCACUCCUUUGAAAGAUCCUACAAUAUAUCGGCGGCUCUUAGGAAAGUUGAAUUUUUUGAUGAAUACCAUACCAGAUAUCUCAUUUGAUGUUCAAACUCUAAGUCAACAUAUGCAAUCCCCUUGCACUGGGCAUUUUCAGGAAGCUCUAUAUACUCUAAGAUAUCUAUGUGGAGACCCAGGACUUGGAUUAUUCAUAUCUCUGGAUCCCUUUUUUCAGCUCUUGGCCUAUUGCGAUUCCGAUAGGGCAUCUUGGUCCGAUAUACAACGAUCUAGCAUUCCACAGAUUCCUUGGAGGUGCUCGCGGAUUCUUUCAUCAAGGCUCAUGCCGGUGCCUAAAGGUGCAGGCCCGAAAGACCGACAUAUUCAGGAUCGCGCACGGAGAGUCCGAGUUAUUAUGGGAGUACGUCACCCGGUUCUAGAAGGAAAAGAUGUUACUACCGGCGGUCCCGAAUGA